AUGAAUGCCCCACUUCCCGAUGCCCGUGUUGGCAGAGAAAAGCAGAAUUACGAUGCUCAGGGUGCUCGACAGGUAGCCGUCGCUAUCCCUAUCAACAAGGAAACCAAGCAAGUCCUCAUUAUCACCAGCAGCAAAUAUGCCAAUGUGUGGGUGUUGCCCAAAGGAGGAUGGGAGAAUGAUGAGACUCAAGAAGAAGCUGCCAAACGUGAGACAUACGAAGAGGCUGGUGUAUUAGGCGAUAUCACUGGAUUCAUUGGCAACUACAUGGAUUAUACAUUCAACGGUCGUCCAAAGUCAUACUUUUGGGUCUAUGAACUCGAUGUCAAGCAAGAACUACCAACAUGGCCAGAAAUGCGUGUUCGAGAGCGUCGCUGGUGCAACUUUGAUGAAGCCAUGAAGGCCUUGGAAUUCAAGCCAUUUAUGCAGCAAGCAUUACUCAAAUCAUCCAUUGCUCCAACACCACCAUCAUAG